AUGCUGGUGGAGCUGAUGGUGGACGACCUCAGUGCAUGCAACUGGUUGCUGGAGUGCGGAAUUCUUCCUGCGCUUAUGAACGAGCUUGCCGGUGGAGGUGCUGCUGGGGACGAUGAAUCUGCGGCGAAUGUCUCUGCCAAAGAGGAGAGGAAAGACAUCGUCGGCUGCAUCUUGCAGUCGUUGUCCAGGUCAGUUUGCUUCGUGAAGUCGGCGUGUGCAGAAGACGUGCUAAGCUUGUGCGUGGCCUUGGCGAGUAAGGAGGUACACGCGGUAUCAGCAGAUGGUGCCUUGAAGCUGCCGGCUUUGGAGUGUUUGUACAACAUGUGCCAUGUGUAUAGCGAUUCCAUCUUCAGACAAGACUUGGCAACCAGUGGCGUGGUGGAGGUGCUUUGUGAAGCAGUGCGGCUGUUGCGCGGCAAUCGCCGGAUUCGAGCGGCUGAGUCUUUGUGCAAUUUGUUGGGCGAUGCAGAUUCCACUCCAAAACUCGCCACAGCCACAUUUUACUACGCUGCACUUCCUGAUACAGUACGCUCGCUGAUCGACCUGGCGUUACCAAACAAAUCGACAGCACAAGCCGGCAAGGCAUGCGACCUGUUUCGGCGUAGGUUGCCUUGGCUAUUGCUUGUCAUUGCAUGUGCAGCGCCAAUCGAUUUGAAACUAUGGUGUGAGGAGAGUGUUGGUGUGCGCCGGCUGCUUGGUGAUUGUUUGUCAGGCUAUGCCCGAUAUGCCGUGUUGUGGGCACUGGACAUCAUCGUGGCCAUGUGCAGAUGUGUGUCUGCAGCCAUGAUGAGUGAGUUCGUUAUCCGAAGCCCAACAGCACUGGUAGGCCGAUGGUCGCAGCUGGUGCGUCACGAAUGGCAUUCCAUUGCAUACAGAGCUGCGUUUAUCGGUGUAUUCUGCAUAACCUUCAUGCCAAAUACGGCUGCGACAUUGCAAGUGGAGGUAGCAACUUUCGUGCCGCAGCCUUUGUCAUCUAUGCCUUGGCGGACGCGUGAUGCGCCAGCGGAAAGAAAUUUAGCGAAAAUGGUUAUUGAGAUUGUCUUGGAACUACAACUCCGUGAUGAUGCUCCGCAUGCACGAGCGCUGAAUCCACGAAAGCCAUUUUUGAACGUGUUUCUGGCUGCUGCUGGAUUGGAUGCUCUGCUGCUCGAGGCAGGCAGCGCCCGACAGUUGGAGGGGGAUGGAUUGCCUUCUGCACACCGGGAUAAGCUGGUUCCUCGGCUCGUUCCUGUCUUGAUCCUUCUGUGCACUUCCUUGGGGGCAUGCCGGGAAGCAAUGGAGCAAGAAGCAAACGAGCGUGACAUUUUCGGUUGCCCAGCAGCUGUUGCGGUUUCAUUGUUGACCAGCAUCUUAAGUGGACCGCUGAAAUCCUUGGUUGAAGCUCGUUGUGUUCGCCAACUUGCGGAAGAGGCACAUGCCACCCGAGAUGCCGCCCGCAUAUCAUCCUUGCUGCAUGACAUCAGAGUCACAACCGCGCAGCUGCUGGAGCACACUAUAUUCCAAUCAUCUCAUGGCUUGCAGCCCUUCUCAGAAGAUCGCUCGAGCGUUCAGCCGUUGCUGGAGCUGCAUGAGGUGUUGCUGAGCUCACAUGACCUGGGUCGGUUCCUCGCGCGGUUGAUUUUUCGGGUUUUUUCGGAAAACGGAGACAUCGUACAGGAUGUACAGGCCGACUCGCCGUCGCAGUGGCGCUUGCUAGAUGUUCCAGACAGUUUGAUGACGGAGAUUGAACACGAACUCGGCUUUUCCAGAAGGGAUGCUGCGAAGUCAGCUGUUUGCAGCCCAAGUUGUUUGCACGAUGCUGCAGUGCAACAUUGGACGGCAACAAUGCUGGCCAAAUCUGAGGUCUGUUUCCAGACCUUGUGCACCUUCUUGGCGGGUUGCAGCUGCUCUGUGGCUACCACAACGUUGGCAUGCUUGGCGAUCAAUUCCUCAAGGCUCGCGCUCUGCGGACUACACCUGUCAAUGCCAACUUCGCCCAGAAGUACUCACCACACCAAGUGCCAUGCAAUCGCGCUGUUGCAUCUGGCUGCAUCGCGCUUCGCGCAGCUUUUCCAUCCUUCAUCCUCUUCUCCUUCCCCGGAGGAGUUGCAGAUACAUGACAUCACGGUGCAGCUUUUGUUCACAGAGUCAGAAUGCGAAGGCACCAAGCAGCACAGUUAUGCCGAGGCAGGCGUGCUGGCAGAGGUAUUCGCGUAUCUUUGGGGAGUAGUCCAGGUGGCCCUUUUCCACUCUUCAGUUCACCACCCGCAGGAGCUCCGCUGA